UCUUACAAAGCUUGCAUAUAUAUAAGAAGAAGAUUCAAAACAUAUAAAAAAAUAAAUAGACCAAAAUGGAGAGUCUCUCGCACAUUCCUCCCGGUUAUCGAUUCCAUCCGACCGAUGAAGAGCUUGUUGACUAUUAUCUCAAGAACAAAGUUGCAUUCCCGGGAAUGCAAGUUGAUGUUAUCAAAGAUGUCGAUCUCUACAAAAUCGAGCCAUGGGACAUCCAAGAGUUAUGUGGACGAGGGACGGGAGAAGAAAGGGAAUGGUAUUUCUUUAGCCACAAGGACAAGAAAUAUCCAACUGGGACACGAACCAAUAGAGCAACGGGCUCCGGAUUUUGGAAAGCAACAGGUCGAGACAAGGCCAUAUACUCAAAGCAAGAGCUUGUUGGGAUGAGGAAGACUCUUGUGUUUUACAAAGGUAGGGCCCCGAAUGGUCAGAAAUCUGAUUGGAUAAUGCACGAAUACCGUCUUGAGACCGAUGAAAAUGGACCACCUCAUGAGGAAGGAUGGGUGGUUUGUCGCGCUUUCAAGAAGAAACUAACCACGAUGAAUUAUAACAACCCAAGAACAAUGAUGGGAUCAUCAUCAGGUCAAGAAUCUAAUUGGUUCACACAGCAGAUGGAUGUUGCUAAUGGUAAUUACUACCAUCUUCCUGAUCUAGAGAGUCCAAGAAUGUUUCAAGGCUCAUCAUCAUCAUCAUUAUCGUCAUUACAUCACAAUGAUCAAGACCCUUAUGGUGUUGUACUAAGCACUAUUAACGCAAACCCAACCACAAUAAUGCAACGAGACGAUGGUCCUGUUAUUACCAAUGAUGAUAAUCAUAUGAUCAUGAUGAACACAAGUAAUGGUGGUCAUCAUCAAUCAGGAUUACUAGUGAAUGAUGAUCAAGUGAUGGAUUGGCAAACGCUUGACAAGUUUGUUGCUUCUCAACUAAUCAUGGGCCAAGAAGAGGAAGAAGUAAACAAAGAUCCAUCAGAUAACUCUUCGAAUGAAACAUUUCAUCAUCUCUCUCAAGAGCAAGCAACAAUGGUUUCUAUGAAUGCGUCUUCCACUUCUUCUCCUUGUUCCUUCUACUCUUGGGCUCAAAAUACACACACGUAAGAUCAAUCCUUAAAACGUGUGUGUAAAUCCGCACGCCUAUAUAUAAUUAAUUGAGGUUCAUGCUUAUUGAUUACAGAUCAUACAUAUGUCUUAACGACUACUGAUUAUUAUUUUACCCAGAAAUUGUUUAUUUAUUGUGUUGUAACUUUAUAGUUUUAUAAGAUCUCAUAUAUAAAUAUAAA